GCCGCUUUGGCUGCUGCGCCACCUGCGGCUGCCGCUGUCAGUCGGGCGGCGGGACCCAACAUGGCGCUGGCGGCGGGCUCCGGGCGGUCGGGCGGAUGGAAAUGCUGAUGACGGUCCGCAGACUCGCCUCCAUCUGUACCAUGGGCGCCAAUGCCUCCGCUUUGGAGAAAGAGAUUGGUCCUGAGCAGUUUCCAGUGAACGAACAUUACUUUGGCUUGGUCAACUUUGGCAAUACCUGCUACUGCAACUCCGUUCUACAGGCACUUUAUUUUUGUCGCCCAUUUCGGGAAAAGGUUUUGGCAUACAAGGUUCAGCCCCGCAAGAAGGAAAGUCUCCUGACGUGCCUCUCUGACCUCUUCAAUAGCAUUGCAACUCAGAAGAAGAAGGUGGGGGUCAUCCCACCCAAGAAAUUUAUUUCUCGGCUGAGGAAAGAAAAUGAAUUGUUUGACAAUUACAUGCAACAAGAUGCACAUGAAUUUCUGAACUACCUGUUGAACACAAUUGCUGACUUGCUACAGGAAGAAAAAAAGCAGGAGAAGCAGAACGGCAAACUUCAGAAUGGAAGCAUUGGCAGUGAUGAAGGGGAGAAGACCGACCUCACGUGGGUCCAUGAAAUCUUCCAGGGGACACUCACGAAUGAAACCAGAUGUCUUAACUGUGAAGCUGUUAGUAGCAAAGACGAGGACUUUCUAGACCUGUCAGUGGAUGUGGAACAAAAUACUUCAAUCACACACUGCCUGAGGGGGUUCAGCAACACAGAGACUCUCUGCAGUGAAUACAAAUACCACUGUGAACAGUGCCGCAGCAAACAGGAAGCACAGAAGAGGAUGCGAGUGAAAAAGUUGCCUAUGAUUCUAGCUCUGCAUUUAAAAAGGUUCAAAUACAUGGACCAGCUGCAUCGAUAUACCAAACUCUCCUAUCGCGUAGUUUUCCCUUUGGAGCUCCGACUCUUUAACACUUCAGGAGAUGCUACAAAUCCCGACAGAAUGUAUGACCUUGUGGCUGUCGUUGUCCAUUGUGGCAGUGGUCCAAACCGUGGACAUUAUAUCACCAUUGUCAAAAGCCACGGAUUUUGGUUGUUGUUUGAUGAUGACAUUGUAGAGAAAAUUGAUGCUCAAGCAAUUGAAGAAUUCUAUGGGUUAACAUCAGACAUUUCCAAAAACUCAGAAUCUGGAUAUAUCCUCUUCUACCAGUCAAGGGACUAAGAUGACAUGUUGAAGCGUCUUACCAUUGUACAAAAAAGGGAUCAAGGUUGUGCCCAGAUGGGACGUCAUAAUGAUAGUCAAAUCAAUUUCUUGUCAUUACCAUCGGAUCACAGGAGACCAAAAGGAGACUAAGCUCAAGGGGGAGCAAGAAGGGUUACGCUCUGAUUUACUUUCUGGGCUAUUUUAUAUGUGCUAUCUUCCAAAAUCUGUUACCUCUACUUGAAAUCUGGCUGCUUAAUUGUUCAAGAACCAAGGAAAGGUUUUUAAAGUAGCAUCAUAGAACUUGUUCACUGCUCAGCGACAGCAUGAGACUUCAUCUUGGUUUGGUUUCCAUUAUUGUUGUUUUUCUGUAUUUUAGCAGAAUGGGUUACGGUUUCAAUAUUCCUUAUUGGCUGAAGAUGCUUUUUCAGAUACGAGCAGCAGAAAGUUGUUGAAUGGUUUUGUGCUCCGAAGCAUGAAGAUCUGCGACAAGGUUAAGUCAUAAUUGGAAAUACCACAUCCUUAAAUCUUACACAUGGAAAAAGGACAAAAAUUAUUUCUCAAGUAUUGUGUAUUUCCAAGAAGAGUCUUCUUUAUUUCAGAUAAUGCUAUAGUUCUCGUCUACAUUUUUAAAAAGUUUUAACUGCCUUUUCCCAAUUUUUCUUGAAAGAUAUAAUUUUUAUAUAAUUACUUAAUUUUGUUUCUAUUAAAUAGAAGUUUGACUUAAAGUCACAAUAUGGUAGAAGCCAGGAGAACAAAGAAAUAUGUGGAAGUCUUUGAGGUCAUGUCUAGUAAAAAGUUAAAGUUACUGUAUUUCUUGGAGCUAUUACAUAAGCCAAAAGUGCCCUCUACUGAAACAGGAUCUGUUUAGUGUUCGUUUCACUGUACACUACAUUUUUUUAAAAAGCAAUUGUGUGUUAAAAAUGCACAUUAAGUAACACUAACUGUGCAAGUUAACUAAGGUCAUUACAGUUGUCUAUUUAAACAAUAGGCGGUGGGACUAAGAAAUAACUAACUGGGCUAAUAGAUACCAAUGCCUUGGGGUGCAUUUUUCCAUCUGUUAUCUCCCCCUCCAUUAUUGUUGCCUGUUUUCGUAUUUGCUGCUGCUUUAAUGGGGGGGAAAUGGUGUAGUCUUGUGAACACCGAAUUUCCCAUACUGUAUAUUAGAACCCCAAGGAUGAUUAGAGGGAAAUGUGCAAUGAAGAACUCUGCAAACAUUUUCUGUCUUAUUGUUUAAAAAUUCUUUUUCAGCUGUGUCAAAAAGCUUAUUUCACCUGCUUAAAACGUCAUAGUGGCCCAGAUAUUGGGGGAGAAGGGAUGGGAUAAGUUAAGCAGUCCCACCCAGAAUAACUUUGCAAUUUAUUUGAAUAGCAACAUUUGCAGGGGGGAGGGGGUAUCCGCUGGUUCUGUGAAGACGUUAAAAUAGAAUGUGCUUGUUCUACAGCAGCCCUUCUAAUAACUGGCUAGGCAGUCAGUCUCUAGGAGGAAGAUGAGCUGAAUGAAAUCCUUUGAUGUAGGUUCUGAUCAAGAGGCAUCGGCCGAAAUAUUGUCCUUGUAAAAAUGGCCUGAGUAAAAGCCACAAUGUUUGGAAAUGCAGGUUAGCAAAAUUACAUGAAGGUGUUCAGCAUCACAUCUGCUACACAGUCUGGUGUGUCUUGCUUUUUUCUCGUUAAGGCUACCCAAUGACAAUUCUGCCACAUUCUGCUCUUUAAAACACCCCCCCCCCCCACCCUCUGUUUUUCUGGUUUUAGAAUUGGAUUAAAGUUCAAGCAUUCACACCUCAAUGAUUUCAGGGGGAGGGAAUCAACAAGAUGGGUUAACUCACACUUUUUAAUAUGCAAAAGAAAUCUUUUCAUCAAAGCUUGUCAGCCGUAAUGAAAUAAUUAUUGACAACUACUUGACAAUAAUACACUACAUACCAAUUUUCUCUUGGUUAGAAAUCCUCUCAUAAAGAACCCAAGUGGGGUCCCAAACAGAAGUUUAUCAGCUGUAGCAGGCCCUGGGAAAAUAUCACCAAAUGUAAUCAUACUGAAAGAGCAAAUAUGACAGAGUAACUUUAGCAGAACACUAAACUUGUAUUUUGUAUAUUUGGUGAUAACAUUUUUACAGAUUAAAAUACAUGACUUGAGAGAGAGAGAAUAUUGAAAGAUAUAUACUAUAGAUUAAAAGUGCACUUUUGCUACAAAUUUAUAAAGAAAUGAAAUGGGCUUAAGAUAAUGGUGCGAUGUUACCUGUAUAAUAAGUGACCCCCCCCACGCACACCUGUCUCCAAUAAAGAUCAUGUAGGGUGAAAUGCC